CCCUGCUACCUGCUGACCGUAAGGAUCAUCCGAAUGAGAAACCUCCAGCGAGUGGACACCUUAAGCCAGGCUGAUUGCUACGUGUCAUUGUGGCUGCCGACUGCGACACGUGAAAAGUCCCGCACUAAAACUGUGAGAAACUCCAACAAUCCUGUGUGGAACGAAACCUUCUACUUCAGGAUCCAGAGUCAGGUCAAGAACGUGCUGGAGCUGACAGUGUAUGAUGAGGAUUUUGCUACUCCGGAUGACCAUCUCCUCUGUGCGCUCUUUGAUACUGCUAAACUUCCAAUUGAAAGAACAGUGCUCCUGUAUUUUAAGCCCAGCCCGAAGGCCAAGGAGGAGCUAGAGGUUGAAUUCAAAUUGGAAGCCGCUUCUGGUCCUCAUGAAGCCAUUGCUACCAAUGGAGUCCUGGUGUGUCGUGAACUUUGCUGUUUGGAAGUUGAAGUGGCGGAGAAGAUGCAGCAAAAAUCAAAGAAAGAGCUUUCCCUCACUGUGAAGGGCUCCUUUGAGGGGACGCAGGAUAUUAUGCUGGGCCCUGAUGGAGUGGCCAGCCCGUCGGGUCCCACCAAGUUCCACUACAUCAAGUAUGCGGAGCCAACGCUGGACGUCAUGUUGCCGAAGAAGAGGCGCUACCACCCUGGGCUGGAUGUCACCAAGGUCAUGCCUCCAGCGAGCAGGGUUACCCGGCCACCCAUGCCUGGCAGUAAUUGUUCAUGCCACCAAGACCUGGACAUGCGCUUUGGGUUUGACUUAUGUUCAGAGGAGAUGGCUUUCCUGGGGAAAAGAAAGAGAUAUGUAGCAAGUGCCCUGAAAAAUGUUUUUCACCUACAACAGGAUCUGCAGGAUCGUGAAGUCCCCGUUGUGGCUAUCAUCACGACAGGUGGAGGACUGAAGUCAAUGACAGGACUAUACGGCAGCCUCAUGGGACUGAAGAAAUUAAAUCUCCUGGACUGUGUAACAUACAUCAGUGGGCUGUCCGGCACCACGUGGACCAUGGCCAACUUAUACAGAGAUGCCUACUGGUCACAGAAGGACCUAGACUCGCAUAUUGGUGAAGCCCGGAAACAAGCAACCAAAUGCAAGAUGGGCUGUUUCUCUAUGGAUCGCAUGAAGUACUACAACAAGCAGCUUUGUCAGCGGAAAGAAGAGGGUUACAGGACAUCAUUUAUAGACCUUUGGGGGCUCAUGAUUGAGUACUUACUAAAUGAUGGGAAAGACCCCCACAAACUUUCAGAGCAGCAAGAAGCACUGUGUGAUGGCCAGAACCCACUGCCCAUCUAUGUGUCAGUCAGUGUCCGGGACAGCUACAGCACCAAUGAUUUCAAAGAGUGGGUGGAGUUCACCCCCUACGAGGUGGGACUUCUGAAGUAUGGCGCGUUCAUUCGCACAGAGCAUUUCGGAAGCGAGUUCUUCAUGGGACGCUUGUUAAAAAAGCUCCCCGAAUCCCGGAUCUGCUACCUUCAAGGUAUGUGGAGCAGUAUAUUUUCUGUGAACCUAUUACAAAUAUGGGGACUAUCCCACAGUUCAGAGGACUUCUGGAUGAGGUGGACACAAGACAGAAUAGAAGAAGUUGAUGAAGACCCAGUGUUGCCUACAAGACCCCACGAGCUGAGGACCCGCAUGUACACUCCUCCUGGCCCCCUGUCCAGUGCCCUUCGGGGAGCAUUGACUGACCGCUUCUCCGUUGCCCAGCACCACAAUUUCCUGAAGGGCUACCAGCUGCAUAACAACUACCUGGAGAACAAGCACUUCUGUCGAUGGAAAGACACUGUGUUAGACUCACGUCCCAACCAGCUGAUGCAAAAUUCUGAUCACCUGGGCAUGAUAGAUGCUGGAUUUUUCAUCAAUACCAGCAGUCCACCACUUUUAAGGCCACAGAGGGAAGUGGAUGUCAUCAUAUAUUUAAGUUAUACUACUGGAUCUCAUAUAUCGUCUCUAGAUAAGGCGUACAAAUACUACUCAGAGCAGAAAAUCCCAUUCCCCAAAAUUUCUUUGACUGAUGAAGAUAAGAAAAAUCUGAAGGAGUGCUACCUCUUCCAAGAUUCAGAUUUGCCAGGAUGUCCGAUCGUGAUUUUUCUUCCGCUUGUGAAUGACACCUUCCAAGAGUACAAAGCACCUGGUGUCAAGCGCUGUUGCUCAGAGAUGGAGGAAGGACAACUUGAUUUGACCAGUCGCUUUUCCCCCUACUGCAUGUUCUCGGUCAGGUAUACCGAUGAGAAUUACCGCCGGCUGCUGAACCUCAGUGAAUACAACAUCCUGAACAACUCACAGAUGAUUAUGCAGGCCUUGCAGAUAGCGAUGCAAAGGAGGAUGCAAAACAUGUGCUAA